UUUUAUUCCUUAAAACCUAUGCGUCGGCAAGUUAGAAACUUUUACGGCCUAUGUCUUCCCCCAUCAAUCUCCAGAAUUUCUCUGUCGAAGCGUUGAAGAGAGAUUGAAGCAUCAAAUUCUUUUCUGUUUUAUUUUAUUUUGUUUUUAAUCUUUUUUGCUUGUAAUAUUUUGAUCAGAAAAGUAGAAAACCCUCUUUCUCUGAAGCUCACAAACGUUUUUCUCGCCAGAAAAUUCUGAUUUCAUCAAAUUCAAGCGUUAUCCCUACUCAAUUAUCUCUUCCAUUUACAUUCCCGUACUUCCUUCAGCGCCAUUUUGUGCUGCACCAUGUAAUUUGAUUCCAUCAGUUUUGCUCGAAUCCGAAGCUGAUCGAAUCGAAAAAUCACUCGGUCUCAUUUUUCUGCUCUGGAUUUCAGGGUUUGUGUUAUUGAUUGUGUGAUGUUUGAACUUGUUGGUUUCAUGGAACUUCUCUCAAGGAUGGGGAUUGCGGUGGUUUAAAGACGAUUUUGGGGAUCCUUGUGAAACAGAAUCUAAUGGCGGAGGGUUCGGAUAGGUCGAAUGGUGGUUUGGUGAAGAUGGAUUCGACCGAAUCUAGAUGGGUUUUUCAGGAGGAGGACGAUUCCGAGGACGGUGGAGUACGAAACAGCUAUGAGUCCGAGGAAGAGGAUAAUGGUGAGCAAAGGCUGAUCAGGACCGGCCCUAGGAUUGAUUCCUUUGAUGUCGAGGCGCUUGAGGUUCCUGGAGUCCAGAGGCAUGAUUACGAGGACUUUAAUUUGGGUGGGAGCCUUAUACUGGUUCUUCAGACUCUUGGAGUGGUAUUUGGGGAUGUUGGAACUAGUCCGCUCUAUACUUUUGAUAUCAUGUUUAAUAAAUAUCCAAUUUCUGAGAAGGAAGAUGUUCUUGGAGCACUCUCUCUUGUUCUAUACACUUUGAUCAUUAUUCCACUGGUGAAGUACACGUUGAUAGUGCUCUGGGGUAAUGAUGAUGGAGAAGGGGGGACAUUUGCUCUGUAUUCCUUGAUAUGCAGAAAUGCAAAAGCCAGUCUUCUUCCAAACCAAUUGCCUUCUGAUGCUCGCAUUUCAAGUUUCAGAUUGAAAGUUCCAUCAGCUGAGUUGGAGAGGUCUUUAAAACUCAAGGAGCAUCUUGAAACCUCUGCAAUACUUAAAAAACUGCUUUUAAUCUUGGUGCUGUUUGGUACUGCCAUGGUGAUAGCUGGCGGUGUUGUCACGCCAGCGAUGUCAGUCAUGUCAGCUGUGAAUGGACUCAAGGUUGGAAUUGCCAGUGUUGAACAAGGUGAAGUGGUGAUGAUUACAGUUGCAUUUCUUAUAGUAUUAUUUAGUGUACAGAAGUUUGGAACAAGCAAAAUGGGGCUUGCUGUUGGUCCUGCCCUGUUCUUAUGGUUCUGUUGUCUUGGAGGCAUUGGGGUUUUCAAUCUUAUUAAAUAUGGGAUGACGGCUUUCAGAGCCUUUAAUCCUUUUUACAUCUACCAUUAUUUUAAGAAAAAUCCUUUUCAAGCUUGGAAUGCACUUGGAGGUUGCCUACUUAGUGCAACAGGUUCUGAAGCCAUGUUUGCAGACCUCUGUUAUUUCUCAGUUAGAUCCGUUCAGUUGACCUUCAUUUUUCUGGUUCUUCCCUGCCUGUUGCUGGGUUACCUUGGCCAAGCUGCAUUUCUCAUGGAAAAUCCUACUCAGAAUGAGCAGAUUUUCUUUUCAUCAAUGCCGAGUGGAGUUUUCUGGCCAGUACUUUUUGUGGCUAUGAUAGCUGCAUUAAUUGCAAGCAGGGCAAUGACAACGGCAACCUUUUCAUGCAUAAAGAAAGCAACAGCCCUGGGCUGUUUUCCUCGCCUUAAAAUAAUACACACUUCCCGAAAGUUCAUGGGCCAUAUAUAUAUUCCAGUCGUAAACUGGUUUCUACUGGUCUUUUGUCUUGGAUUUGUUGCCACUUUUGGAAGUAUAAAUAAGAUCGGCAAUGCAUACGGCAUUGCUGAAGUUGGAGUUAUGAUGGUGACCACAGUCCUCGUAACCAUUAUUAUGCUUCUUAUAUGGCAAAUCAACAUUUUCCUGGUGUUAUUCUAUUUUAUUUUCUACGUGGGCUUGGAAUUGCUUUUCUUCUCAUCAGUUUUGGGCGGAGUGAGCGAUGGAAGCUGGGUUUUGUUGUUGUUUGCUGCAGUUUUGUUUAUGAUUAUGUCUAUAUGGAAUUAUGGCAGCAAGAUGAAGUAUGAAACUGAGGUCAAGCGGAAGUUGUCAAUGGAUUUAAUGCUGAAACUUGGUUGCAAUCUUGGUACUAUCAGAGCCCCUGGUAUGGGGUUAGUUUACAAUGAAUUGGUGAAAGGGAUCCCUGCAAUAUUUGGACACUUUCUAACUACCCUUCCAGCCAUUCACUCCAUGAUCAUUUUUGUGUCCAUUAAGUAUGUUCCCGUUCCCGUGGUACCACAGAAUGAGAGGUUUCUUUUCCGACGUGUCUGCCCCAAGAGCUAUCACAUGUUCCGUUGCAUUGCUAGGUAUGGCUACAAAGAUGUGCGGAAGGAGCAUCACCAGAUCUUUGAACAACUUCUGAUCGAAAGCCUUGAAAAAUUCAUUCGUCGAGAAGCCCAAGAACGCUCUUUAGAAAGCGACGAGGAUGGCGAUUCUGAUUCUGAAGCAGAAACAUCAUUUUCUUCAAGUGUUCUUGUCGCUCCAAAUGGCAGCAUUUAUUCCCUCGGCGUUCCUCUUCUUUCCGAUUACGAGUGCCUCGAAAAACAAAGCUCGGAAGCUAGUUCUUCAUUUUCUCAGGCCAUAGAUGAUGCUGUUACAGAUCCAGGAAAGAGCCUGGAGAGUGAACUCUCCUUCAUACACAAGGCAAAGGAGUCAGGGGUAGUUUACCUUCUUGGUCAUGGAGAUAUUAGAGCCAGGAAAGACUCUUGGUUUUUCAAAAAGCUGAUUAUAAACUACUUCUAUGCCUUCUUGAGGAAGAAUUGCAGAAGAGGGAUAGCAACUUUGAGCAUUCCUCACACACAUUUGAUGCAAGUAGGCAUGACUUACAUGGUCUGAAAAUUCUUUAAAGUUUUUCAGUUCAAUUACUAACCAGUGGCAGAUUUUCACAAAGCCAUUCUCAAACACAUGGAUAGUUUUUAAAGCAAACAAAGUUCAGGAAAUCCUUUUGGAGGAUAAAGAAACAUUCAAUAUCAUAAUGUUUUUAGUAUGUUAUUCUGCCUUCAGCAAUUUCGAUUUUAGUGUGUAGCAUUGGUUACUUCUCACUUUUCUAUUUUGUCCAGAUUUAUUAUUUGUAUAACCUCUUGUCCUCUCCUAUAAGUUGCAAAUGCUUUUGAGCCACUUCGGCUU